AUGGCUAGCCUCAGCUUUGACGUUCUUCGGUGGUUGAACACACUAGAGCUUAAGAAGGUUCCACGAAAUCUUAAGCAUGAUGUCUCCUCCGGCCACGUUGUUGCAGAGAUCAUUUCGCGAUAUUUUCGCGACAGCUGCACCAUUCUGGACCUCAAUGAGGGCAAUAUACUGGCCGACAGGAGAGAAAAUUGGUCCUAUAUCAGGCGUUGUCUGGCGGCGGUGCACUUUCCGUUUCCAGAAGACUGGGAUAGGCGGGUUGAUGCUGUGUGUGGAGAGUCUGGAGCGGUGCAGAUGGGCGCGUGCGCCAUUCUAACGUACCUGUAUGAAUUUACAACGAAAAAGAUUGCAAGACAUCCUACGUGUUGUGAUAAGCCUGAGACCACACGCCCAUCUACGCGAGGCAGUAAGCAGACAACAUCUCGGAUUGGCAGAGAUAUCCCAAUAGUCAUCAAGGCGCCUGCGGUGGCCAAUCCUGUUGUUACCAGCAAAGAACGAGACAAGCUCUACAAUGCCCAGUUUGUCACUAGAGUGGUUACCUUUGCGGAGAUUGCCCAGGCCACCCUUGUCCUUCUCCAGAAGAGCUUCCUAGACAUGGAUAAUCGAGCCUAUAUUGCAAUGAUUGAGCAGAACUUUAAUCUGCAGGAACUCUCCGGAGUCGCAUAUGAAAUACAUGAUUACGCAUUGAACAAUGUAUACAUGCGGAAAAAAUAUAUCCAGGUGGCCGAGGAGGCGUCAUUCAUGCCGGACAUCUCCUUAGAUGACAUCAUAAACGACGCAGAACUUGCCAACGAGUCUGUAAGGUCCGUGUUCCAUUUAGAAUUUUUACGCCUGCUUGAGCACAAAGUAGACGUCAUCACCGAAGCAGUUUCGUUUUCAUUAGAGUCGGAAAUGUUCACCAUUUUUGCAUUCUGUUCUACUUACUCACUAACCCUCUCCACGGUGAUAUUUGGGGCCCUACAGCGUUUUCUCACAGUUCUGCUGAUGUCAGUACUUCGUAAGCUUAGCGAAGAAAAUCUUCAAUCCACUAGGUACCUGGACUUCAUAGUGCAUAGCCUAUUCAGCUACUUGCCGACCUCGUUCUUUGCCACAGAGCCAGUGUCUUACCGUAAUAUAUACGAUCCUGUCACAUUAGCAAUGAGCGUUAACGAUAUUUAUGGCAAAGACAUCGACCCCUCUACUUCGCGGAACUUCUUCUCCUUGGGCCUCUCACCAGGGUAUAUUAGCUCUCCUAUUUCCUCCCACAGCCUUGUCUACCCUUUGCCGUCUUACAAUACUGCAAAGCAAAUAGGUCCAAUAGAAUUUGUUGCCCACUGCAUGGCCAUUAUCAUCAGCAUGUUCCCACGCACUGGAGUUAUAAUGCUUAAUAACUAUCUUUUUUCGAGUGCUGAGUAUUCCACUUUCGAGCCCCCGAGCUAUAGCAGCAAAGACUAUUUGUCAACACAGCUGGAGAACGUUACAGAGGAAUACAAUUUGGUCAAGGCGCGUCCGGCUGCCGGUCAACCUAUAUCUUUCUUGUCGCAGCAGAAACUUGCCUUUCUCCUAGCGACCCUGAGAUCUCUCGGGAAGCUGCCAAUCUCCUCCUCGAAUGUGCCGUUUGAAGACUUUAUCAAAUUGUUGGAAUAUUUUGCCUUUUUUGCAAACAAAACAUUUAUGUGCACAACGAAUAACACGCGAGCAAACAGUUUUGCAAUCACACGCACCUGUGCAGCCACUCGGGAUUGCAUUGGCCUUUGCACGCAAAUCUGGAGUGAAACGUGUGUGCUGUUGGCGUCUUUUCUCAACCAGUACAGUGACCUCAAAACAACCACUUUUGAAGCCCUCAUUACGAACUGCGACGAGGGACCCAGGAGCAUUUUAUCUGUUUUGGUGAGGAGCGUUCAGAAUAUGCAACGCAUGCUGACGGGGCUGUCCACAAAGCAGAUUAAAAAGCUUUCUGGAAAGAUUUCUGCCACGACUAGCUCUGUCAGGGGUUCAACUCCUUCUGGCAAACGCUCUGCAUCUGAGCGAUUACUACUCAAUGACCCCGGGGUUCAGAGAGCUGCUGGGGCUACAUCCAGUCUUUCAAUCUUUCGUGCAACGAAUGCAGCUCCUCCCCAUAGGGACUCUAAAUUAGCGCCUCUUGCCACCCAUAUCUCUCUAGGACUGCGUAAAAUAAUCAACAAUUUCGUCAAGCACGAAAGCAUCUUUGUCAUCCGUUCCUUUGUACGAUCGCUGGCCACAACCCUCACAGAAACGUAUAAGGUGAUUAGCGUGCUUGUUGACAUGUGCAUUCAAAUUUACAUAUCUCGCGGCGACUCUGAUUAUGCCAACGCGACCGCAAGAUCAUCAAUUGCAACCGCUAAGCCAAUCCUCAACAGGUCUAUGCCUCCGAUAGGAACACCCAAGAAAGGAAAGCCCAUUUCUGCAUUGUCAGCUCGCGAUACCUCGGCAGGUGCUGUGGACAUGGCGGCUAUACGCAGCAUGAACGGCAUAUACGCUAGCACACUGAACAUCAACACAGUUGAAGAUUUACUCAAGGUCUUGGAGAAGGGAACAAACGAGCACAUAGUAUUGAACGGUAUGCAUAACUUAAUUGUGGACACAGAACAAAUAAUGUCCGAAUGUGCGAACAUGGUCCUAUUGAUAGAAGAGGAAAUCCUCAACAUGCGCAAUGCAGACCUGUUUAGUAAUGUUCUUGAUUUCGAUCUCAACGAGAUAGAUGAGUUUCCUGUGCUAGAAACACACAGGCGCAUCUUUGACGCAUUCAUAGACCAAGUCAGUUCGGUUGGCUGUGCAACUCUUCGCAGCAUAGUCGGGGACGACCUGUCCAUUCAACAAGGGUGCAAGGACAGGUACAGCUGCAUAACGCCAGGCGGAAAUCUUGUCAGCGAGACUCCCAGUAAUAUGUCGCGGACGUCCAGUGCACAGCACAGCAAACCGGUGAGUGCACAUAGCAGGGAGCUAAGCAAGCGCUCUGCUAUGCGGCGGCUGAAGCCCAAGGACUCACCCAUGGAACCAGAAGAAUCUCCGACGAGCACAUCCUCCAUAUUAACAGAAGAAGUAGGAGAUUGCAACAGAAGCCCCCACACCGUUGAGAACUUUGGUCGUGUCUAG